AUGAAAGUAAAAGAGGCAAAAAUGGAAAUAUAUACAACUAAAAAAGAAAUUAGUGCACUUUUCAAACCGAAAGAAAGACUGAUCUGUUUGGGGGAAGAGGUAGAACUGAGCAACUUGGAAUGGUGUGUCCAAAGACUGGCCAAGUUUUCUAUCAAGGAAUUUCUUCAGGAUAGAGUAGAUGAAAGUAAUCUGGAAUCCUCUGUAGAAAGAGCAGUGAAGGAGCAUUUGCUUCAAGGACAAGCAACAACAGAUCUAAGAGAGCACUGUAAAGCAAUGGAGCCUCAACUAAACACCAUUUGUUUAUUAUAUAGAUACAAGAUGUGGCUGCUAUUACUAGCGGCUUUUGCGAUCCAAGGCAUUUUGUCUUCCAGAGGAGCAGUACCCCAAAGAGGAAAUCCUGAAGCAUACAUGAACAUUAGUGAGAUCAUUCGCCAUAAAGGAUACCAGGCUGAAGAAUAUGACAUAGUAACUUCUGAUGGUUACAUCCUCACUCUUAACAGAAUUCCUUAUGACAGAAAACAACAUUGGAACCUGUCUGGAAAACCAGCUGUGCUUUUGCAGCAUGGCUUUGUUUUAGAAGGAAGGAUCUGGGUUGCAAACAUGCCCAAUCAAAGUCUUGGAUUCAUGCUAGCAGAUGCAGGUUAUGAUGUCUGGAUAGGGAACAACAGAGGCAACUCCUGGUCUCGAAAACACCAACACCUUUCAACCAAGCAAGACCAAUAUCAUGCUUACAGUUUUGAUGAAAUGGCCAGAUAUGACCUUCCAGCAAUGAUUUCUUUUAUUGUGGAAAAAACUAGAAAUUCCAAGAUUCAUUUAGUGGGCUAUUCUCAAGGUGCCACUCAAGGUUUGAUUGCACUUUCAUCCAUGCCACAUGUGGCUGAAAAAAUAAGAAUGUUCCAUGCCUUGGCUCCAGCAACCACAAUUAAGAAUUCCCAAAGCCCAAUUACCAAAUUGCUGUUCCUGGCAGAUGAUGUAAUAAAGGGUUUAUUGGGCAGGAGAGAUUUUUGCCCGAGAAGUGAGAUUUUGAGAAAAAAAGUCAUCCGAAUGUGCAGCUCCAAAAUUUACAGCAAACUCUGCUCCUGGGGUCUUUCAGUUAUCGGGGGAUUUAAUCAGAAGAAUCUAAAUUUGAGCCGCAUGGAUGUUUACAUGUCAUACUGUCCAGAUUCAACGUCCAUUCAAACUCUGCUCCACUGGGGACAGAUACACAAAACUGGACAAUUUAGAGCUUUUGAUUAUGGGAAUGGAAACAUGGAGAGAUACAAUCAGGAUGAGCCUCCAUCUUACAAUCUAGAGCAUAUUACAGUACCAACAAGCAUAUGGUACGCUGAGAAUGACUGGUUGGUGAAUCCUGACAACGUUAAAGCAUUAAUUGAUCAGCUCCGUAGUGUUGUCUACAAAACUGGCUUAUCUGAUUGGAAUCACAUUGAUUUUAUUUGGGGCCUUGAUGCCCACAAGAGAGUUUACAGUCCUCUUAUUGAAUUGAUAUCCUUACAUGUAUAA